AUGCGGUUUCUCAGCUCCUCCUCCCGGACUCUGCGCGAUCGAAAUAGCCCUUCGUGGGCCGUGAGAGCACGAUGGUCAUUCCAGGGGUUGAGAGCGACACGACGAAGCUUUUCCGCAACGGCGGGAGUUCGUCACGGUCAUAUCACUCCUCCCAAGCCCGGUGAAGAGAUUAAUGUCUCGUUUAUUGACAAGGACGGCGAAAAGGUCGACUUGCAAGUCUCCGAGGGGGACAAUUUGUUGGACAUUGCGCAGGCUAAUGAUCUAGAGAUGGAAGGAGCCUGUGGCGGUUCAUGCGCCUGUUCGACGUGUCACGUCAUCGUGGAAGACCCCGACAUGUUCGACAAGAUGGAAGAACCGUCGGAUGAUGAGAACGACAUGCUGGAUUUGGCUUUCGGACUAACGGAGACCUCUCGCCUGGGGUGUCAGGUGGUGAUGAACAAGGACCUCAAUGGGUUGGUGGUUCGGCUGCCUUCGAUGACUCGGAACCUGCAGGCGAGCGACUUUGAGCAGAAAUAG